AUGGAUUUCUCUUCGUCCAACGCAAACGUAUCUCGAGAAACAUGGGCACCUCGAUCGCCCUCCCCUCCUUCCAGAGCGUCUUACCCUUCUGGCGAGUACGCUGAGAGAGCUCCACCAUCCGGUCCAAGGGGUGGAGACGCUCCCAGGGAACCAAGUAAUGGAGGAGGAAGGGAUGAUUACGAUAGAGAUGGAAGAAAGGAAGGUAAUGGGUAUGUAUCUUGUUCUCCUCGUCUACAUUGCCAAGAAAGGACCAUCCGUCUAUGUCUUCAAGCGAAAAGAAAAGAGGCAUUGAAUUUGGAUUGA